GUCCACAGUCUCGAACAAAAACAAACUUGAACUACGUGGGAUGCGUGUCAACUCUAAAUCAUUCGCUCGUCUCCCCGAGGAUCAACGGAUGGCGUCCAGUUGACAAGAUUCUUCUUUUUUUUCCCCAACCUUUGUUUUGUUUCGGGGCUAAACGAGAACGAAGGGGGAGGGCUCUGGCGAGCUGAAAAAGAAAGAAAAAUAACAACAAAAAACGCCCCUUUGGAAAAUUAAAGUUGCGUGUCAGCCAGUGCGCACUUUUACGCUCAACGCUGGAACUUUAAGAUGUUGUCUCGACGCGGCAAUGUCGCUUUGACUUGCGUUUUCUUUGUUGCUGUCACCUCGUCAGGACGGUAAGCAUGUGUUAAGCCCCACUCAAGAGCUUGACGAGCUUCGCCCCGAUCACCAAAACAAUAGACAAAAACCAGCAUGGGGGCCAAACAAAGCAGUCCCGUGUAUGACGGCAGGACCCGGGCUUAUUCCAGCUCCGAUCUGCCGUCCGGGAACACCGGCGGAGGGGAAAGGUUCGCCGGUUUCAGGUACACCAAUGGACCCGAGGGCCCCCGGAUCAGGUACACGGGCGGGGGUCCCACCAGCUCCGGCCUCAGCAUACCGGCCGGGGGCAGGCCCGGCUCGCACGCUCUCAAUCAAAGUCUGGACGGCACGGAUGGCGAAGACGAGGGCCAGAUGACCCCCGAGGGCCACAGGCUACUAAUAGGGUCCCUACCGGCUCAUCUGUCCCCCCGCCUGCUGACAGGUUUCCACUGUCCCGUGUGCUCCAAGUUCAUGGUGUCGGAGGAAAUUGAGAAACAUCUGCUCAUGUGUUUCAGCAAAUCGCGCCUCACCUACAACAAGGACAUCCUGUCCAGAGAUUCUGGGGAAUGUACCAUCUGCUUAGAGGAGCUGGAGCAAGGCGACACCAUUGCCAGACUCCCCUGCCUCUGUAUCUACCAUAAAGGGUGUAUAGACGAGUGGUUCGAAGUGAAUCGCUCGUGUCCGGAACACCCCUCCAACUAGCAAAGAGUACACUGAAUCAAUCUACCGUACUCAACCUUAACACUGUAUGUUCCGGUGUUGUAAUUAUGUUUAAGUGCUCAUCAGGGAUUGUAAAACAUGAUUUUGUAGCGGAUUAUUCGUGCAGCCUCGCAAGAGGGACGUCGAUGGAAAUUGGAUGGAUAUUAUGUUAUUUUAUUUUUGCUCGGGGAGUCAUGGAAUGUGCGGGGGGUGGGGAUGGGGUGGGGGGGACUACUGAUGGGAGUCCAUUUGCGUCUCCAAAGUGAAUGUUCAUCGGGCCAUGUGCUAGCUCGAGCCUUUCCCAAGUAACUGGGAUGCGGUGGAAGGAACUGUGUUGCGAUGGGAAAGUCACGUGACAUUUCAAUAGAGAUUUUUCUUGUUGUUGUCGUUGCCUGUUCUGGACUGGCUGAACAAUGUGAAGAAAAAAAAAAGAAAGAAACAGCCAUACGGACUACAAGAUGCCUAUAUCAGCUUUAAGGGAUGAUUAGCGUUGAUGGCAGUAGUUUUUUUUCCCCCCCCAAUAUUCAAACAAACGUGUCAUAGGCCAAAUAGUCUUAACAUGAAAUAGCUCAUGCUCGGCUAUUCUGAACCACAUCCAUGCAAUUAUGUAGCAUGUAGAAAGUGGAAUUGACGAUAGGCUCGGACAUAUCUUAAAUGGUGAUUUGUACACUCUUUGAAAAGGAGUGUCAUAAUAUGCUGCUAUGUCAUAGACUGGAAAGUUUCCUAUAACCAUUGGAUCUUUGUUCAGUGUCAUUUCUAUUUGUACUGUAAUGAAUUGCACAAGAGAAUAAAUGUUUUGUUAUUGUGUCUCUUUA